CAGUCUGCUGUCAGACGUCACUAUAGGAUAAAAAAUCAAUUAUUGUUUAACAAUAAAUAACUGUUUCAUUUUUAAAUAAAUAAUAAUUGAACAAACAUGCGAUGGAGUGAAGCAAUUACACUUGAAUUUGUAAAAAUGUAUUUAAAACAUGAUUGCUUGUGGAACCCUAGUCAUCCGGGAUACAAAUUAAAAUAUCAGAGAGAUAAAGCAUACGCGGAUAUAUGUUCUGAAUUUAAAGAUUCUACUAUGAAGUCUUUAACCAUCCCUGAAGUUAAGAUGAAAAUAAAGAACUUGAGAACGACUUACGUCCAACAAGUACACAAAAUAUUGCAGAAAUCGAGUCCUGAUUCCAUUUACGAACCUUCCUUAAUCUGGUUUCAAGAAAUGGAUCGAUGUUUGAAACACAUCCCAACAAACCGCCAUUUAGCCUCUUAUACAACACAAGAUGCCCCAGAUGUUGAUACUUCCUGCCAAAUAUGGGUUGGCCAAGAAUUACAAAAUAAUAACAAUGAUGAAAAUCCUGAUCCCCUCAUCUCAAAUUCAGAGGAUGAUUAUGAAUCACCGAAGACUGAAGAUUCAUUAAGUCCAAUUAAAAAAGAGAAGCCACUGUCUCCACUUAUGAAUAAAAAAAAUAAAAAGAAGAAGUUAAAACACAGAAACCAUAUUGAUUAUUCCAAAGAUUCUAAUUUUGAAACUACAAAAGAAGAUGAAUUUGACAUCUAUGGUAAAUACAUAGCUUCUCAAUUGAAGAAAAUGGAUUUACAAAAAGCUAUUAGACUUCAAUUGGAAAUACAAAGCCUAGUAAGCGAAGCCAGGAUAUCAGAUAUAACUAGUGAUUAGUGUUCUCACAUAUUACUUAUUAAGUAUUAAAAGUAACAAAACUUGUCUAUUUAUAAAAUGUAAUUUGUAGUUACCUUACUUAUAAUGUACAUAUGAAUAAUUAAAUUAAUAUUAAAAUAA